UCCAGGAGCUCCAGCAGUGUGGCCAGCCUGCCUGCCACCUCUCUGGCCAGACAGCAGAGGUCCGGCGGCCAUGGCGAACCCCGAGUUUUUAUCGCUGGAGCGGAGCCUGGAGGACAAUCUGCCCCCGGCUGACCUCAGGAAUGUCCGGCGAAUCCUGUUUGGGAGAGAUACCAGAAAGCUGGACCUGCCCCCUGGUGCCCUGGCCGCUGCCGCUCAGGGGGACUUUGAGCUGCUGGCCUUUGCCCUUGAGGCCUCCGAGGAGCAGCUGAGGCCACCCAGGCUGGUCCGUGUGGGACUUGUGCAGAACCGGAUCCGGCUUCCUCCAGAUGCCCUGGUGUCUGAGCAGGUGGGUGCCCUGCACGGACGCAUCGAGGAGAUCCUGGAGGUGGCUGCCCAGUGCGGCGUGAAUGUGGUCUGCUUCCAGGAGGCAUGGACCAUGCCCUUUGCUUUCUGUACAAGAGAGAAGCUUCCUUGGACAGAAUUUGCUGAGUCUGCAGAGGAUGGUCCCACUACCAGGCUCUGCCAAAAGCUGGCAAAGACCCACAACAUGGUCGUCGUGUCUCCCAUCCUGGAGCGUGACGAGGCCCACGGGGACGUCCUGUGGAACACUGCGGUGGUCAUUUCCAACUCCGGGGCUGUGUUGGGCAAGACUCGGAAGAACCACAUCCCACGGGUGGGGGACUUCAAUGAGGCCACAUACUACAUGGAAGGUACCUUGGGUCAUCCCGUGUUCCAGACAUGCUUUGGGCGGAUUGCCGUGAACAUCUGCUAUGGCCGUCAUCACCCCCUCAACUGGCUCAUGUACAGCCUGAAUGGGGCCGAGAUCAUCUUCAACCCCUCAGCCACCAUUGGAGAGCUCAGUGAGUGCCUGUGGCCCAUCGAGGCGAGAAACGCCGCCAUCGCUAACCACUGCUUCACCUGUGCCAUCAAUCGAGUGGGUGUGGAACACUUUCCCAGAGAGUUCACGUCUGGGGAUGGAAAGCCAGCGCACUGUGACUUCGGUCAUUUCUAUGGCUCGAGCUACGUGAGUGCCCCGGAUGGCCGCCGGACCCCGGGACUGUCCCGCACCAGAGAUGGGCUGCUGGUGGCCGAGCUAGACCUCAACCUCUGCCGACAGAUGGGUGACAUCUGGAACUUUAAGAUGACUGGGCGAUAUUCGAUGUAUGCGGAACAGCUGGCCAAGGCUUCUCAGCCAGACUACAGGCCCCACAUCAUUAAGGAGUAGAAGCCCAGGGGGGGCAGGUCUCCAGGCUCCAGGCCUGAUAGAGGAACCUCAUCUCCAUCAUCUCCACCCCUCUGUCCACAUUUGUCUUCCAGGACAGCCUUAGCCCCCUCCGGCUGGCAGCCUGGAGGGCAGACCUGGGUCCCCUCUCACCACAGCCGAGGGCUGCCUGAAGCCCCUGGGGGGUAUUAGUAGCAGAGCCCAAAGGGCUGCCCCUCCUGCUGGGGGUGACAGCGAGAGCCCAAAGGAGCCUGAUGUCCUCUGACCUCACCCUACCCCAUCCCAACCCCAGACAGAAGCCCUCACUCCUGGCCCACUGCUGGCCUAUGUGCAAAGGCUCCGGGAGAGCCUGGCUAUUGUAUACAGUAGAUGCCUAAUAAACACCUUCAGAAACAAA